UGUAUUUGCAACUUGCAUCGGGCUCGCUCACAGGUUUUCUACCUUCCAGUACCACCAUGGAUUUUGUUUUUUUAAGCCUCCCCUACGUACGCUAGCAGUAGACAAUCCUACGGGCAACACGUGGCUAAGAAAUCUCGGCGGAUUCUUCUUCUACUCGCUUCGCACUCGCUUAUUAAGCCAAAGCAGAGCAAGAAGCUGCGAGGCGAGUGUGAGCCGGGCAGUGAGGGACACCAGAGACAGGACACGCGUCUCCGCCGUUCACGUCAAUCCUCCAUUCCUCUAGGCUCCCGCUGAAGCCGUAGCGCACGCAGCACACGCACACACCGCGAUGCACACGCCGUUCAUGGACAAGAGCCCUCGCCGCCGGGACAGCGCCGGCGGCCGCCUGAAGCAGCGGCUCGCGCAGAUCCUCACGCGCUCCUCCUGCACCACCAACACCACGUCCGCCGACGCCAGCGCGGACACGGCUUUCGUCAGCCUCGCCCGGGCUGGCGCCGACUCCUCCCCCCGCCAGCCGGAAGCGCCGCCCUCCCCGUACUUCUGCACCCCCUGCACCUACGAGCGGCCCAGGGCCGACGGCCUCCCGCGCCGCCGCCGCCGCCGCACCCGGAGCGCGUCGCUCGUCCACAUAUCCGUGGACUGCACCGGCGGCGCCGCGGCCGCCUCGGGCCGGCGCUCCGUCCUCUCCGACGCGCCGCUGCUGCAGCACCUGUCGGUGCCGGCGAGGGACGUCAGGAAGCGGGGCAAGGGCGGCGGCAGGGGCAAGCCCGCGGCGCGGUCCCCGUCAGCGUCGAGGCGGCACCUGUCGUCGUCCUCCUCCUCCUGGGGCCGCGCGCGGCGGCCCCGGAGCACGCCCGCGCCGUACAGCUGGUCGCCCUCCUCCGCCUCCUCCGCGACGGACGACGAGGUCGCGCCGUUCAGCAGCAGCGACGGGGAGGCGGGCAGCCAGGAGGCCGAGACGAGGACGGUCUUCUCGUCCCUGAGCCUCUCGUCCGACUCCUCCGAGUUCUACCGCAGCAGCACGAGGAAGAUCCACAGGAGCACGACGGCUCGCCGCGCGCCGCGGCGCGCGCUGCCAAGAAGAACCGGCGAGGCGUCCCCAGGCGACGCCUUCCGGCCGCUGGUCUCGGUGGAGACGAGGAAGCACGGGGGGUCCGAUGAGAGGAAGAAGAAGGGAGAGGAGGAGGGGGUCAGCGUCAAGAAGCCGACGGGCGCCGCGGCGGAGGAGACGGCCGGCGCGGGCAUGGCGGUGGUGAAGCGCUCGAGCAACCCGUACCUGGACUUCCGCAGCUCGAUGGUGGAGAUGGUGGUGGAGCGACGCAUCGGCAGCGUGGGGCAGAUGGAGGAGCUCCUGGGGUCGUACCUCUCUCUCAACUCCCCGCGUCACCACCCGGCCAUCCUCGCCGCCUUCGAGGACGUCUGGGAGGCCGUCUUCGGCGAGGAGUGAUCGUUCCGUACCUCGUCGGUUGAGCAGAACAGAGGUGUGCAGGUGCUGGGAACGGAUCGUUGGACGUGUACGUUAAUGUGCAGCUUGGUGGUGGUUUGUAUGUACUACGUGCCAAUGCAUAAAUUGGCAUGAUCGUGCCAUCGAAAUGCUGCGGUGCUCAUGUAACGAAUUAGCUAGAUGAUGAUAAUCGAGCGCCUGAAUUAUUA